AUCCGCAUUCGCCCGGCCGAGUAGUGUGGGCCAAGCACCGGGCCGUCAGCUUUUCUAUAGAAAUUCCAAAUAGAAUCGCCAUUCCUCCAAUCUCAUCGCGCCGGGUUGCUCGCGGAUCUCCUACACCACCUCCAUUGCUUAGGUCUAGCUUCGGGCGCAAGACGUCGGAGCGCGCCCUCCCCCGCAUUCCAACAUGGGCGGUCAGAGACAGUUCCGACCGAGAAGGAUUUAUGAGACGGCGACGGCAUUGAUAGACCACCGAGUCUGGCCGAAGGUCAUGGUCCAAAAACCGGUAUGGUACGAUGUGGUGAGGACGAUACCACCAUCCGAGACCCUGAUCCGGCCGCUCCCACCCCAGCACAAGGCACCGAACCCGAGAAUACGGAAACCGAGCCGGCUCUUCCAACCGCAGGCGUUGGUGUACGAAGAGGACGAGCUACGGAGGACCUUCUACAAAGAUCACCCGUGGGAGCUAGCACGGCCGAGGAUGAUAAUCGAGAUGGACGGGAAGGACGCGCAAAGAUACGACUGGUCGAAAGGGUUAAUACAGCCAGGCAUGCCGUUGUGCGGCGAAUCCGUCGUCCAACGUCAACUGUGGAUGAUACACAACGUCGAGGGCAUGACGACCGAGAAGGCCUACGACAAAGUACGCCGAGAAUUUUACUCGUUACGGCAGCGGGAGGAAGUCGAGCGGAGGAUAGCCAAAGAAGAGGCCCAGAUGGUGGGUGCGUACUUUGGCAAGUCCUUUCUGCAAGUCGGUAUGGAACUCGAGGACCAACAGUACGAGAAAUGGAAGAAAUGGGCUGGCAAGCAAAUCGAGGCGGUUCGUGCCGAACAGAGUGCGGCUUACACCCACUACGGGGAGGAACCUGCUAGCGAGGAGGAUGCCGACAUGGAUGAUGUGCCGCUGGAGGAACCAGUUGCACUGCCUGUCGGCGAGCAGAAACAAUAGACGGGUGGUUUAUCGCGCCCGGUGUACUCAGCGCGACACAAUUGUACAAAAUAUCAAAUACAGAGGUAUGCCGACCGCUAGGCUCUUCCUGG